GGCAGGGAGUGUGUGGAGAGGAGUCAACACAAUUGUGACGCCUCCUUAGUGGGAAUGAGGAAAAACAGAAGCAGGCGAGACGGUGGAGGAAAACGCAAGUUUGUUUUUCCAUUUAUAACUUCGUCCUACGUCCUUCAUUCGUCGCUAUCUGUAUGGUUGUGUGAAUACUGAAAGAAACCCAACAAUGCAGAGCUCAGUCGACUCUUCCCAGGUGAUAGAUGUCUCGAAACCCAAGCCAUCUCUUCCUCCUAAGCCUCGACUUACUCCCAAACCUUUCUCCGCAAAAAACAACAUAAUUCGCUCCAUAAAUCCUCCAAAGACUGUUAAUGUGCCAUCUACAGACAAGGAUGGAAAAUCUGUAGCUAAAACUGCUCCUAAACCCCCCUUGACCAAACCACCUGCAAAACCACCUCUGUCAAAGCCCACCAAUGUACCUUUAAAGGAUCAAACAAAACCUCCCAAACCUGAACCCAAACCUGCUGCAGUCCAAAAAAAAGUUGUCAAAACAAACAACAAAACAGAAACGCAGGCUGUGACAAACACUAAACAUGAUGACAUUGAAAAGAAUGAAAAUGAAUCUCCAACAAAAAACGUCCAAACUCCUGAUGAGGCUCAGAGGAAUGAUUCCUCAGAUAUCAAUGAAACAUUUCAAUGGGGAGGAACCAGAAAGCGCUUGCCUGAGGAGCUAACCUCAAAGUUUAACGCUGGUGGCAUCCCUCGGCCAACUGAACACACACGGUCGACAUCUAUGAACAAGGGAAAAGAAAAUGCAAACCAGCCAAACUCAAAAGUGCCAGAGACAUCUAUGACAGGAAGCGAUGAAGCCAAAAUAGCGGAGGACAGCAAUGGAGGGGGCAGCAUUAAACGCCGGAUCAGUCUUUUAUUUGACUCAAAGCCUGAGGUUGCUGUGAAAAGAGUGCAGCCCGAGUUUAUUAACGAAACGGCUGGUGUCAAGGAGCGGAUAAAAAACUGGACUCAGGAACCUAGCGUUGUGCCCCCAACUGCACCAACAAUAGAGAAGCCUCCCAAAUCGCUAGCUGUUCCUGAAUCCAAGAAGGCUGACAAAACUGAAAAACCUUCAACAAAAAGACUUGACACAUCAGACGAUUUAGAGAAAAAAACAUCAACAGAUUACGAUGUUGCCAAUGACUCCUCAUCAGAAAUUGUUAAAAGGUUUGACACUGCCAAACACCAACAAUUUGGUGCGGAGGGAGACAGUCUCGAAGCUCCUCAUGUCAUAGCUGAUAAAAACUUAGAUGAUGUAGGAACUUUAGAGGAGAGGCAAAGAAGGGAUGAAAUGGAGGAAGAAAUUGAAGAGGAGAGAAGGCAGGAGAAGGAGAAAGAAAGAUUGACAUUGGAGAGGGAAGAGGAGGUGAAACAGAGAAGAGAGGAACAGGAAAGAGAAAAGUUGAAAGAAGACAGAAGGAGGGAGGAGAUGGAAAAGAUCAGUGUGAAGAGGUUGGCAGAGGAGAGGCAGAGAAGGGAGGAAUUGGAGAAAGAAAGGCUGGAAGAAGCAAGAAGGAGGGAAGAGAUAGAAAGAUUGAGGCUGAAGAAGCAAGAAGAGAGACAAAGAAUAGAUGACCUGGAGAAAGAAAGGUUGAAAGAAGAGGAGAGAAGGAAAGAAAUGGAAAGAUUGAGGUUGAAGCGAGAAGAAGAGGAGAGACAAAGAAUAGAGGAGAGAAGAAGGGAAGAAACAGAAAGGCUGCAGAGAGAAGAAGAGGAGAGACAGAGACGGGAGGAAAUAGAGAGAGAAAGACUGAGGGAAGAGCAGAAAAGGAAGGAGGAUAUGGAAAGAUUAAGACUGAAGUUGGAAGAGGAGGAGAGACAAAGACUAGAGGAUAAAGAGAAAGAAAGGUUGAGAGAGGAGAGAAGAAGGGAAGAAACAGAAAGGCUGCAGAGAGAGGAAGAGGAGAGACAGAAACGGAAGGAAAUAGAGAGAGAAAGACUGAGGGAAGAGCAAAAAAGGAAGGAGGAUAUGGAAAGUUUAAGACUGAAGUUGGAAGAGGAGGAGAGACAAAGACGAGAGGAUAAAGAGAAAGAAAGGUUGAGAGAGGAGAGAAGAAGGGAAGAAACAGAAAGAUUAAGGCUGCAGAGGGAACAAGAGAAGAGACAGAGAAGGGAUGAACGAGAGAAGGAAAGACUUAGAGAAGAGGAGCAAAGGAGGGACGAGAUGGAAAGAUUAAGGCUAAAGAGGGAAGAAGAGAGGCAAAGAAGGGAGGAAUUGGAGAAGGAAAGGAUAAGGGAAGAGGAGAGAAUCAGGGAGGAGAUGGAAAGAUUGAGGCUGAAGAAGGAAGAAGAGUUACAGAGACAGGAGGAACUAGAAAGGGAAAAAGUAAGGAAGGAGGAGAGAGAAAGGCAGGAAAUUGAAAGAAUAAGAGUGAGGAAGUUAGAAGAGGAAAAGCGGAAAAGGGAUGAAUUAGACAAAGAAAGGUUGAAAGAAGAGGAGAGAAGGAGGGAAGAGAUAGAAAGAUUGAAGCUAGUGAAGGAAGAAGAGGAAAGACAGAAAAGGGAUGCAUUGGAGAAGGAAAGGCAAAGGGAAGAAGAGAGAAGGAGGGAGGAGAUUGAAAGAUUGAGGCUGAAGAGGGAAGAAGAGAGACGGGUUCAUGAAGAAUUGGAGAGAGAAAGGUUAAGGGAAGAGGCGAGAAAGAGGGAGGAGAUGGAAAGAUUAAGGCUGUUGAGGGAAGAAGAGGAAAGACAGCAUCGUGAAGAAUUGGAGAGGGUAAGGCUAAGGGAAGAGAGGCAAAGGAAGGAGGAAAUAGAAAGAAGGAGAGAUGAAGAGAUGGAAAGACGGAGACUGCAGAGGGAAGAAGAUGAGAGACGGAUUCGUGAAUUAGAGAGAGAAAGGUUAAGGGAAGAAGAGAGAAGGAGGGAGGAGAUGGAAAGAUCGAGGCUAAAGCGAGAAGAAGAGGAGAGACAGGUACGAGAAGAAUUGGAGAGGGAACGGCUAAGGGAAGAGGAGAAAAAGAGAGAGGAGAUAGAAAGAUUAAGGCUGUUGAGGGAAGAAGAGGAAACACGGCAUCGUGAGGAAUUGGAGAGGUUAAGGCUAAGGGAAGAGAAGCAAAGGAAGGAUGAAAUAGAAAGACUGAGGCUAGAAAGGGAAGAAGAGGAGAGACAGGAACUUGAAAAAUUGGAGCGGGAAAGGUUAAGGGAAGAUGAGAGAAGGAGGGAGAUUGAAAGAAUAAGGCGGAAAGUGGAAGAAGAGGAGAGACAGAGAAGAGAUAAAUUGGAGAGAGAAAGAAUUAGGGAUGAGGAGAAACGAAGGGAGGAGAUAGAAAGACUCAAGUUGAAGAUAGAGCAAAAUGAAAGGCAAAGAAGGGAGGAAAUUGAGAGGAAAAGUAUGAGGGAAGAGGAGAGAAGAAGGGAGGUGAUCGAACAACUCAGGUUCAAAGAGGAAGAGGAUGACAGACAGAUACAGGAGGAAUUAGAGCGCAGAAAAGAGGACUCAAGAGUGGCACAAGCACUGAAGGAGGAGGAGUCACGGACAAGAUGGAAGAUGGAGAUAAAAAUGCAACAGCAAAAUGAAGAGCUGGAGAGAUUAGGAGAGACAGGGAGACAAAGAGAAGAGGUGAGAAGGGAAGAAGGUUGGAGGGAAGAAAUGAAAAGAAAAGAAGCUGAAGGAUAUUUAAUUAGUUCCCAUUCUAAGGAUUUGCCCCAAACUGGAAUACUUUACGAUAACUUCUCUGUCAAUGAGCCUUCACCUCUGGCGGAUGUUGGUCAUUUUGAUGAUUUUUCAGUAAAGCCAACUCGAUGGGGUUCACAGCCUAGAGUGGAUCUAACUACACGGGAUACAACAUUGGACGUACUGGUGCCCUUCAAUAAUGGCAAUCAGGAAAGAGAUGCACAAGAAAGAAUGAAGAAUAGAGGGGGCUUUGAGCCGAGAUCAGCCUUGGAGAGCUUGGAGAAAAAAACAGACUACCGGGAGCAAGAGGAGGAGUCUCAAAAGCAGGAGGAAGAGUUGACGAAAGGACACCGAUAUUACAAGCAAGAGGACCCCAUUAGCAGUUACCGCACAUAUGAAAAAGACACUGAUUCGUCGAUAGACUUUGAAUCAGAUGGACAGCCUGCAACCUAUGAGUGGAGAUCUAAAACUGACAGGACUACUUUUCAAUCAACUCCAAACUCUUCCACCGAUCCAUUCCAUGAGGCCUCGCUUGACGGUAUCAAUGAAAUUGAACCAGAGCUGUCUCCUUUCCCCGAGAGCUCCACCCCUCUCCUUGACACCAGUGCUCAGAGAUCCAGGGUAGCCCUGGGUAAGAGGCGCAUCCGAUCGCGUCCAUCACGCUCAAGCCGCACACAACCAGCUAUGGCAGAAAGUCUGGACUGGCGGUCUUGUGACUCUACAGAUGGAGGACGUGGGGUGUCCGACUCAGAGGAGGAGCAGCAAAAACAAAGGACCAUCUCCUCUCCUUCUCCCUCCAGAAAGAUCCCUGUGUUUCCUGGCAUGAGCCCAUCAGACCUCAUUGCUCAGAUCAAAAAGAGAGCAGAAGGACGAGAGGAGAAUGAAGAAGACAAGCAAAGUGCAAAUGAUGAAGUGGUGCCAUCACCCUCCCAAAUGCCUCGCUCUCCCAAUCCUCCUCGCCCUGCAGCCCAUCUUGCCGGGGCUGCACGAGUACUUCCACCCAUAGGCGCCACAGAUGGGGGAGUGGUCUCCUCGCCGGCUUGGCUGACAGAGUUGAAGACGAAAAAGCGUAUCAGUCAACAUGAGGGGGAAUGAGAACUCAGCCACAUAUAGCAGGAGCCACUGCUUUGGGCAGGAUCCACCCAUGUCAGAUGUUUGUGCCAAGAGACACCUCGUCAACAUCCAAAUUUUGCACUCGAGUGCCUUAUUUGUACAUUUGAACCAGAUGUGAAAUAUGCAAAUUGAAAUUCAGGCUUUUUUUAGGCAGAAUACAUAAGUAAUUAAAAACUGUCUUGUAAAUGAUUUGCCUAGGCUAUGUGACAUUUUAUAUUCAUGUCAAGGACAAGUUUGAACUUAUGCUGCAAUGUCAAACAGUGAUCAUUAAUGCAAUGCAGAGCUUGACAUAAAUUGACUAUUUUUUUCAUUCUGUUCUCUUCUGUUUUGUCAAUGGUUAUUAAAGGGGGCUGAUGCCAUUAGGCCGCCCUGCAGCCAAUUUAUAGCUACUCACAAGUUUUCAGUUGAACAUAUUGUAAUUCGAUCCUUUGAUGUAAACCUUUGCACUUUAAGAAAUAUGAUUAUGCACACCCUUUAUGUAGCUCACAUAGACAUGAUCAGACUUUUUUUUUUUUUUUUUUUUCAAAAAUGGCAAUUGCAAACACAUCCUAACAUCAGCAAGCUUGCAGAAAAUGUAGGAAUGCUUUUUUACUACCACAACUGUGUGAAUGUUUAUCCACUGUACUUGAGAUUUUUUAAGUGCCUUUGUUUUCCAAUGGGAAAUAAUGACCACCAGUCAUUAAUUUGCAAUGUUUUCAAUUUCAU